AUGAAUUUUACUCGAUUAGGUACAAAUCGAUUGGCUUUUUUAGCUGCAUUAUUCUUCGCUGUUGUGGGUCUAAUUGGAACUAUUGUACUAAUUAUUGUUUGGCAAGUAAAAUUAACUCCAUUUAAAGAUUAUGGUAUUGUUGUUGAUGCUGGAUCGUCUCAUUCAAGAAUUUUUUUAUACAGUUGGCCUUCAGAUAAAUCGGAUGGUCUUGGUCUAACAUCUCGAGUAAAACAGGAAAAUACUUGGGAUGUAGAUGGACCUGGUUUAUCGUACGUAGAUCCUAAAAAUAUUAGUGGUUAUUUUCAAACAGCAAUGAAAAAGUGUACAGAUUCAGUUCCAAACAAUAGAAAAGGUCGAACAUUAAUAUUUUUAGGAGCGACUGCUGGUAUGCGUCUUCUCCAAAUACAAAAUCCAGAUUUAACUAAUCGAUUACUAAAUGCAACCCGUACCUAUUUUUCAACAUUACCAAUUUCAUUUGUCGCACCUGAAAAUCAAGUUCGUAUCAUAAGUGGUAAAGAAGAAGGUCUGUCAAGUUGGAUAACAGGCAAUAUUCUCUAUAAUGAACUAUAUUUAAGAAAUAAACCGUUAGAAACCUAUGGUAUUACAGAUAUGGGAGGAGCAAGUACACAGAUGUCAUUUAUUGACGAAAAUGAUAAAUCAUCAGAAGUAACAACAAUGAAUUUAUUCGAUACAGAUUACAGUGUAUACUCACAUAGUUAUCUAUGCUAUGGUCAAGAUCAAUUUCGUUAUAAAUAUCGUCGAGAAUUAGUUUACAAUGCUCCGAUAGAAUCGACGAUCAUUACUGAUCCAUGUUUACAACCGAAGUAUAAUGAAACUUUGAUGCAAUCUUCAUUUUUUAAUACACCUUGUUCAGUCAGAGACUCUCCAAUAAAUUCUACUACUAUUACUUUUGUUGGCAGUGGUAAUUUUGAUUUAUGUCAAACAAUUAUCACAUCUCUAUUAAAUAAAACUUGUAAUUAUACAACAUGUUCAUUUGAUAAUGUAUACCAACCAAUACCUCUCUCGCCUACACUAAAACUUGUUGGCAUAUCCGCUUUUUAUACAACAUUCGAUUCUUUAGCUCCAUCUAUCCCACUGCAACCCACUUCUCCUGGUAUUUACUCGUUUGAUACUCUAAAUUUUACCAUUUUAUCUACGGUUAUUAAUAAAAUCUGUAGUACAGAUUGGAUUAAGGCAAAUGAUAGUUAUCGUCAAUAUUUAUGUUUAUAUUCCACAUAUCAUUGGACACUAUUUCAAUAUGGAUACAAUUUGACCAAUGAUAAUUUGAAAAAUUUUCAAAUCGUACAAAAAAUAAAUAAUGGUACCAUCGGAUGGACUCUAGGAUACAUGAUAAAUCAAACAAAUUAUGUCGAUAAACAAUUGCGACCAUCACGAAUGUUAACACGAGGCGAAUUUGGUGGGCUACUAUUUAUGUUUAUCUUAUUGUUGGUUUUAGGAGCAAUAGUAGCUACAGUUGUGUUUCAUAAUAGACGACAAAUAAGACUUACAUAA